UCUUUCUAAUCCCUUCUCCCCUUUAUUCUUUCUGUCUAUCUGAUUCAAUCACUUCUCCAAGUCGUUUCCGCUGGAUUCCUAUACCGCCCUUGGAUUUACCAACAAUCGCUUUGUUUUCAAACUAAACCCCAGGUAGUUCCAAUAUAUGUUGCUGUAAUACGUACUAGAACUUAAAAUUUCUACGCGGCCUCUUUUCGCCGAAAGUAAAACCAAAAAAACAAGAUUUUUUCCGUUUACUGAAAGAUAUUCUUCAUCUAUCUUCGGAGUAAAAUUGCAGAUAUUUUACGACUUAGUUUGAUUACUAUUGUAAAAUAACGGUUGUAACUGUUAUUUUCAUGAAAACGUACAUAGGAAUAGUGCCAACAAGAUAGAUUGAAGAUCUUAUCGGAAAGCUUUCACAAAAGCUUCUUUCCAGAGCCGCGCAAUGUUGACAAGAAAUUGAUAUCCCGUUCAAUAGACCAUCCUCGUCGUCACCAUAUUCUGGUUACUCUAGAUUUUUAUAUUUGGAAAAUUUGUCUCUAUGUUUUAGAGAUCCAUUCUCGUCUUUCGAAACUAAUUCUUCGGUGAGAAGACUAUUUCUCUCUGGGUCGUCUACAGCAUCAAGAUUUGACUGAGUAACUCUGAUGUGUCUGUCUGUCCUGGCUGACAUGUAUCGCAAUACGAUCCCGACUGAAGACUGUAAUAAGAUGAAAUAAAUAAAUUGAAAAAGGGAAUGAAAUAUGUGUAUGUAAACGAAUAGAAAUGAAAAGAAAUAAAAACAAUACAUCAGCAAAAGGGCGAUGAACCGUCACCUAAAUUAGAUCAGAGCACACCGCGACACCAGCCGACUUCCACACUGGAAUCCGUUACUGUUUGUUAGUUGAUACAUUUAGAAAACUUAUGAGACACCGUCAUAUUCGACAAGGGAACGUAAGUGGGAAGAUGAAAACUUCCAAAUACAAUGCAGUUGACAGCUGGUAAGUUAUUUCGGCAACGUUCAGUUUAUCAAAUUUAAAAGAAUUUAAACCAUAAACUCCUACAAUCUAUACAUUUGGUGCAUAAAAAAAAGUUGAAAAAAAAAAAAAGGUCAGUUGCCGAGUGGAACGAAAGGAGAUAUAAAAGAAAGUCCCCACCCUAAAUAUGGGUUCAUGUGCAAGCAAAGCACCGACUGACAAAGUCAUUUUACCGAAGCCUAAUUCGUGUCAGUGUCAUCUAAUGGAAAGCCCCGAUAAAGAAACGGACUCCAUGAUAAGUAUUCAGCAAGACAAGACUUGUCUAAAUUGCUAUCGUAUGCAUCGACUUGAUUUCAAAUGUGGAUCUUACAGGCGUAUCAAAUCAAGUGAUACAUCAUCAGUCUCUCAAGGAACACAAACGGAUAUACCGCCACCAAAUCGAAAGAGCCGCCAUCGAAAAAUUGAAGCUGCACAAGUGCCAGGCGAAGAACUUGAACAAACAAAAUAUUUUGAAGUGGCAAAUUCACCUGAUAAAACUAAGGAUGACUCCUCUAUUGGAUCUAAAAAUGGUCAAGUGUCACGUACUGGAUCUUUAACAGUUCUUCGCCAAAACAAUUCACGUAAGCUUGUCAGCUCUAGCAGUCGUACAUCAAGUACAGUGAGUAUAGAUAGCGAUUCCUAUGCAAGCGGGGAAUUAGGUUUUGAAAAAAUGCCUGCAGCGGAUGCACCUGAGGCUUCACAUUAUUGCUCUAUGCGAAUGCGGCAGAUAUAUGACCGUGUUUUUAAAGAUGAUAUCCUCAAGGAAGAUUUGUUGAAAAACCUCGCUUAUGCAGCCGAUGUAUUAGAGGCUGUGCAUAUUGAUGAAACAAAAUCAUCGGAAAGCUGUGCAAAUGUGGAUCCUACCUGUUCCUCUCAAGAUAGUGCUUUACUGUCGCUGCAGUCAGCUUCUGUUCCACACCAGUCUGGCUUAUCUACAAAAAAGACUUCAUGGAAGCAUCCUGUGCCUGUCAAUAACAGAAGACUUUGUGAUGAAGAUGAUGAGUUAAGCGAAGUGGAGCCGGAUGCAGUUCCAACUGAAGUGCGCGACUGGCUUGCUUUAACUUUUACACGUUCUAUGAACAACAUCAAAAGAAAAGGUGAAGAAAAACCCCGUUUCCGAAGUGUUGCCAAUGUAAUACGAGCUGGAAUAAUGGUAGACAGGAUCUACAGGCGAAUGUCAGGGUCUGUUGGCUUACAUAUUCCACAAAAUGUACUUACUGUAUUGAAGAAUCUAGAUGACUGGAGUUUUGAUGUGUUUGCAACCAAUGAAGAUUCACAUGCACUCAAAUACGUUGGUUAUGAACUGCUACAGAAGUAUGAUUUACUCAAUAAAUUCAAAAUCAAUACUUCAGCACUAGAUGCUUUCUUAACCUGCAUGGAAGCAGGAUACACAAAAUACAAAAAUCCAUAUCACAAUUUACUCCAUGCAGCAGAUGUUGCACAUACAGUUCAUUAUAUCUUAUCAAGCAGUAAACUAACUAACUGGCUUACAGACCUUGAAAUCUUUGCCACAAUAAUAGCUGCCUUGGUUCAUGAUUAUGAACACACUGGAACAACAAACAAUUUUCACAUAAAUACAGGGUCUGAAGUUGCUUUAUUGUACAAUGACAAAGCUGUGCUUGAAAAUCACCAUGUUAGCGCUGCGUUUAAGUUGCUAAAGUUAGAUGAAUACAACAUUCUUACUGGGCUCAGUAAAGAAGAAUACAGAGAAUUCCGGAGUCUGCUGAUUGACAUGGUCUUAGCCACUGACAUGUCUUUUCAUUUCCAGCAAAUCAAAAACAUGAAAAGUAUGCUGACUUUGACAGAAGGCAUUGAAAAAUCUAAAGCCCUAUCGCUUGUGUUGCACUGUGCUGACAUCAGCCAUCCAGCCAAAGAAUGGUGUAUGCAUAAGAAAUGGACAGAUUUGCUUCUUGAAGAAUUCUUUAGGCAGGGUGACAGAGAAAAAGAACUAGGUCUGCCAUUUUCCCCACUCUGUGAUCGAAAAGCUACACUAGUUGCAGAAUCCCAAAUUGGAUUUAUAGAGUUCAUUGUUGACCCAAGUUUUACAGUUAUGGGUGAUGUCUUACAAAAGAUAAUAUAUCAAGUGAAUCAGUCUAUAUAUGCAUGUACUCCAGCAAAAGUAGAUGAAGUUAUUUCAGAGGAAGUUUUUGAAAGAGCAGAUUCUGUGAGCCCACGUUUAGAAAAUAUUAGCAAUAACAGCCGUCCGAGUGCUAAACAAUCAAGUGGUCAUGAAGUGAAAAGGCCAUGGAAACCAAUAUUAGAAGUAAAUAAAGCAAAGUGGAUAGAAAUAGCAGCCCAAGAUGCAGCAGAAAGAGCACUCAAGGUCUCACUAAGAGCAAGUUCUGAGCAACUUGAUGCUGACAGGCCUGAAAGCGCUUCCGAGAAGACUAAAACGCCUCCUGACAGUGACAAUGUUUCACAGAAAGAUGGUGAUUCACAAAGUAAUGACAAAGCUGCACCAACAGUUUCUCAAAAAGAAGAGCUAUGCUGAACUUGCUUACAAUGCUCUGAUUACAAUUUAUGUACAGGCACACAUAUACACACACACACACACACAGAUGCACACAUAUAUACAAAAGUUAACUAAGAAUAAUACUGACAUAUAUACAUGUUUAUUGUGGUUGUAUAAUAAUUUUCAAAAGUCAGUCACACACACACACACAAAUAUAUACACACACACACACACACAUGCAUACUUACAUACACAAACACAACACAUAGUUAUAGUUUAACUAAUGAAUAGAUACUGACAUAUUCAUUCAUAUUUGGUGUGGUUGUAUAAUAGUAUUCAAGACAUACACACCACAUGCACAAAUGCAUGAGUGUGAAUGUGUCCACACACAUUUGUAUAUGUGUGUGCAUAUGUGUAUAUAUAAAUAUAUAUACAUAUGUGUAUAAGUAUAUAUA